CUCGAGAGAGUCUCUCGGGAGGCUGGAUUAGCCACAAGUUGUGGUGAACCAGGGUAAAAUCGGUGUGCCUCUUACUCUUCUCUUUACUUCUCGUUUAUUCAUUUUUUAUUCCUGCGAUUUUUGAUCAAACGCUAUUCACCCCCCUCUAGCGUUGGUCUAUUAUUCUAACAAUUGGUAUCAGAGCCUAACUCGCGUCCAAACUUAACCGUUUGAGAGUAAAGCGAUCAUGGGCUCUUCUUCUAGAAAUCUCUCUGCAGGAAUUGGAGAAGGACAAUCAACCUCUAGGCCACCACUCUUUGAUGGCAGCAACUACUCCUAUUGGAAGGAACGGAUGAGAAUCUAUAUUCGUUCCACCAACUUCCAAUUGUGGUUGGUGAUAAAAAAUGGCGAAGAAAUUCCUAUGAACAAAGUGGGAGAAACCACGGUCCCAAAGACCGAAGACGAAUUUGAUGCCGAGGACAUCAAGAAGGUCGAAAACUAUGCAAAGGUCAUCAAUAUGUUAUAUUGCGCGAUCAACCCCGAUGACUACCGAAAGAUCUCCUGUUGCACAACCGCCAAGGAGAUGUGGGACAAGCUUGAAGUGACGUACGAAGGUACCGAUCAAGUUCGCGAAGCUAAGAUCGACUUUCUCACCCAAGAGUACGAAAUGUUCCGGAUGAAAGAAGGUGAGAAAAUUGAUGACAUGUUCGACCGGUUCUCAAAGAUAAUCAAUGAUCUUCAUGCCCUCAAAAAGACCUACACCAACAAGGAUCUUGUGAGGAAAAUCCUGCGGAGCCUCACACCCGAAUGGAGGUCAAAAGCCGAUGCAAUCUACG